AUGAGGGGAUUUGCCCUAUUCCUGGUGCUCGUGAGCUUCAUCGCUCUCCUGAAUGGGAGGGUGGUCGAUUUCACCACCACGCUCAACAACCUCUCACUUCCGCUUGUCGAUGGACUUGAUAAAUUCGAUGAACCCGUGGGCACUGAUGAUGCGCAUGAUUUCUAUCCACCUGUACCCGCGUCAGGUCUAGAUUGGGACCCAGCAGUGCUCGCUAACGACGAGCUAUGGAAGGAAUAUGUCGACAAGGGCGAACACAACCUUUGUCUCAUGCGGGCGACAGACGAGGGUGCCGCGGCUCUGAUCACGGACAAUCCCACGCCGAACACGGCGAAAAGCCCUUUCCGCGGUAAUCUGAAGAACGCGCUGAAACGCUGGGGCUGGAAUCAACGAGCCUACGAGACAUGGUGGGAAUGCGACUUCGACCGUCAAGAAAUGACUGCGACGUUCGAGGGCCUUGGGAUUAAUCCUUAUCCAGCCGUCGACGAUGAAGAGCAGCCAACUGAUGACGGCCACAAUGAGUGCUUUUCAAUCGUGCAUUACAACCCGUCUCAGUUCGUUGAUCCUGACUCCCCAUAUCCCGUUAUGACGCCUGUUACCGAGCAACAAUACCAGGUUGAUGGAAAUUGGAAGAGGGCUACGGGUGCAUACUUUGAGUUUGCCGUCAACAAAGUCGACGGAGCUAUCUUCGGACGAACGCUCAACAGCCCAACACACGCCGUCCUGGACGACAAAACAAGCUGGGGAAGAGCAGCCUCACCAGGCGAGCUUCCAGAACUGCGCCACGCCUCAGAUAUCUUCUGGGGCUACUGGUACCGCGAUAAUCCGAACUACAGGAAUCUCCGUUACUACGGUGCCAACACUGUCAUCAACGAGCACACAGUUCUUCUUGCUGCACGCGCCCUCCACAAUGCUGGGGAGACUCUGUCCGGCUGGCCAGGAGCGACCUUUGCAACAGACACUGACGAAGGCAAGGCACUGAUAGCAUCGCCGAUUGGUAACACGAUUGUCAAUUUGCUGGUUCGGCGCAAAGCUGAGCUAGGAAUAAAAUACAUCACCAAGGUGACCAUUGUGUCGACGGACAAUCCGAAGAAGAAGGGGCCUGGCUCCCUGAAAGACGUUCUGCAUGUGAUCUUUCACAUCGAGGACUACCAAGAAGAGGAAGAGCUGGGGAUUGAAGUGAAGGUAGAAGCAGAAGGACCUGGGAAAAGGGAGAUUGUGGAUGACGAUAUGAACGCGACGCCCGAGAUGGCGUAUACGGACUGGACGCCAGCAACACCGUGCUCCAACGAGCUCUGGAACAGAUACAUUGCGAAAGGGAACCGUUUUUCGUGUCUGUUCCCCUUGAGCGACCAGGACGCUGGAGUGGCAAUUGGGGAUGCAAGACAGCCGCCGUCUGCGCGCAGUGCUUGGCCCAGGGACUUGAACGGUAAAUGGUAUCGCCGACUGCACUAA